CAACGAGGAAACGAUGUGCAAAGCCACAUGAGCCAACUUAAUUCGUGGCGUUGAGCUGCCACCCGUCGAAUUUGUUGUACCGCUCUAGGAUGUCGUGCGGGCCUUUGGCGUCACGCGGCUCUACAAAGCGCUUCCCCUCACGAUGGCUCGUGAAAUUGUGUGGUGUGCCAGUUUUCUCGCACUUGGUCCCGUCUUUGGGCAGAAAUUGCACGUACAUUUUCCAACAACGUUUGGGUCGUUGCAGGAUGCGUCCUUGUCCCAGCGCACUGCCGCAUCGUUGGCAGGCAGCGUGGCGGCUGGUCUUGUUGCAGUGUUUGCCACCCAACCUGUGGACACGGUGAAGACGAUUCUCCAAGGCAAGGCGCUGGAAUCCACCCCGUCGUACGCGCUCACGGAGGUCAAAUCUCUCUGGAGCCAAGGCGGCCUGCCCCAUUUAUACAAAGGCACAGUGCCGCGAGGUUUGCGCCUCAUUGGAGCCGUGUUUAUCUUGAGCGAAACGAAGAAGGUGCUAGAAGAUCAAAUGCACCGCUUUCGAGAAUCGAAUGUGGCGCUGCUUUAAGACGCUGAAAGACAACAGCGCCCUCGGUUAAAAAAAACGUGGCUCGAUUGUUCCUGUGCAAA